AUGGACUCCGUCGAGAAGAAGACAUCUCGGAACGAGGCUCCGGAGACGAUUGAUAGCAACCCGGAACAAGCCUCGCCCGAGUACGUUCAAGGCCUUCCACUGGUCUGCAUCAUCGACCGCACCAUUCUCGCGACCGCAGUCCCCAAGAUCACCACCGAAUUCAACUCUCUCAAUGACGUGGCCUGGUACGGCUCGUCAUACCUCCUGACGACCUGCUGCUUCCAGCUUAUGUUCGGCAAGCUAUAUGCCGAGUUGAGAGUUACUUGGGUAUUUCUUGCUGCUCUCUUCUUCUUUGAGCUUGGAACAAUCGUCUGCGCCGCCGCCCCUAACUCGAUCGCCUUAAUCAUUGGAAGAGCCAUCUCUGGCAUCGGCUGCGCUGGUCUGUUGUCAGGAACGUUCAUCAUCAUAGCACAGAGCUUCCCAGUCCACAAACGGCCCAUCUACACCGGCAUGAUUGGAGGCAUGGCUGGCGUUGCUGAAAUCAUCGCUCCCACGCUGGGAGUCGUGUUCCUGUUCGUCAAACCCCCUGCCGACGCGGAGCCCAAGCAGCCCAAGUCCAUCGGCGCGUUCCUCAAUAGCAUGGACCCCAUUGGCACUGUGCUGUUGAUGCCCUUCAUGGUUUGUCUCCUAUUGGCUCUGCAAUGGGGUGGAACGACAUACGCUUGGAGCAACUGGCGCAUCAUCCUUUGCCUUUGCCUAUUUGGCGUCCUCUUUGUCGCGUGGCUGGGCAUCCAGUACUAUCGGGGCGACGACGCUACCUUACCGCUUCGUCUGAUUCGCCAACGGUCUGUCGCGAGCGGUAUGGUGUUCAUGCUCGGCGUCAAUGGAGCUGUCUUCGUCGUCGUUUACUAUGUCUCGAUUUGGUUCCAGGUCGUGAAAGACACGACUGCGGAGCAGUCUGGCAUAAACUUCUUGACUUCGUCGACAGCUGUCUCUGUCUCGUCAAUCCUUUCAGGAAUUAUAACGUCCAAGGUCGGGUACUGGGUCCCUCAGAUGGUCAUCAGCACUGUUCUCACCUCAAUCUCAUCCGGACUCAUCUUCAGAUAUGAGGUUGAGACAACGACUGCGUACUGGGCGGGCACUCUCUUCAUGUUCGGAUUCGGCGCUGGCAUGGGCAUGCAGAUGCCGCUCGCCGCUAUCCAAACGGUACUCAAAGGAGCCGAUGUGUCUCUGGGCACAUCCAGCCUCAUUCUCGCGCAGACUCUUGCCGGCUCCAUCUUUCUCUCCGUUGCACAAAGUUUGUUUCAGAGCAGGUUGUUGGUUGAGUUGGCAGCACAGGCGCCUGAAGUUGACGCCCAAUUCGUUGUCGGACACGGUGCGUCUGGGAUUAAGGCCAUGGUCGCGCAGAAGUACGGCGACGCAGCUGCAGUCGGGGUGCUUGGGGCGUAUAACCACGCAUUGCGGGCAUGCUUCUUGUUGUGCAUCGUCCUAUCCUGCUUGACUGGUAUUGGUGCACUGGGAACGGAAUGGAAGAGUGUCAGAGAGGACACGCCGAAGGAUACGGCUGAUGAUGGACAGGCCGCUUCCGGUGGCGAGACACCGCGCAGCAACAUGUGA